CGCACUCCAGACGCUGCUUUGGGGUUUCUGGGUGCGUGGGGGGGUAGGCGGGCCCGUUCUUAACCUCGGCCGCGAGAGUUUCAGAGUAAUGGGGGUAUGGGAGGGACACACGUCUUUUUUUUAAUUGCUCGGAGGACAGCUGCUGAAGAGAAGCAGUAGUCCCACUCCCUUUUGGGAGCCAGGGAGAGGACGGGGUGCGUCCGCCAUGUUGGUGAAGGCAAACGAGGAGGACUAGAACUCCAGGACUGUCGGCUCCUGUGGCUCAAGUCCGCCAUAUUAAUAAAGAGAAAGGGAAGGCUGACACCACCCCCCUCCCCGCACACAUACGUACACCCCUUCUUCCCACCUAGCUCCCGCAGCUUAGCUGGGUGGGCCCUUCCCCAGCCUCGCUUGCCCAGUCUCUUCCCGAAGGAAGCGUAGCAGCCCGCGCCUCAGAUUAGGCUUAAGACAGCGCCGAAUGAGGGCGAAAGGGAAAUGCCGACCAAUUGCGCCGCGGCGGGUUGUGCUACUACCUACAACAAGCACAUUAACAUCAGCUUCCACAGGUUUCCUUUGGAUCCUAAAAGAAGAAAAGAAUGGGUUCGCCUGGUUAGGCGCAAAAAUUUUGUGCCAGGAAAACAUACUUUUCUUUGUUCAAAGCACUUUGAAGCCUCCUGUUUUGACCUAACAGGACAAACUAGACGACUUAAAAUGGAUGCUGUUCCAACCAUUUUUGAUUUUUGUACCCACAUAAAGUCCAUGAAACUCAAGUCAAGGAAUCUUCUGAAGAAAAACAACAGUUGUACUCCAAACGGACCAUCUAAUUUAAAAUCAAACAUUAGUAGUCAGCAAGUACUACUUGAACACAGUUAUGCCUUUAGGAACCCUAUGGAAGCAAAAAAGAGGAUAAUUAAACUGGAAAAGGAAAUAGCAAGUUUAAGAAGGAAAAUGAAAACUUGCCUACAGAAGGAACGCAGAGCAACUCGAAGAUGGAUCAAAGCCACGUGCUUGGUGAAGAAUCUAGAAGCAAAUAAUAUAUUACUUAAGGGCACAUCAGAACACAUUUUACCAACUGCCUUAAACAGUCUUCCUUUGGAAGAUUUCAAGAUUCUUGAACAAGAUCAACAAGGGAAAACAUUACCAAUUCUCUAACUCCAAAACAGACUAAAAGUACCUUCAAUUAGGAUUUGAUGCUUGAACUUCAUUCUGUUCAAAGGUAAAGAUAUUUAAGGAAAUUAUUCCAAAAUUGGGUAUUUAAUAAAGUUUUACCUGAAGUAACAACGUUACUGCAUAAUUUAUUUAUGAAGACUUGGUUACAAAAAAAAAUGGAGAACUUCUUAUGAAACUUAUUUGAACGAGAAUGGAAGUGCCUUAUGUGAGAAUC